AUGGAGUGCAGACUGCUACUAUCAGCGUACCACACCCCAUUCUGUCGCCCUCGUAAAAUCUGUACUAAACCAAGAAUAGCUGGCGUUGGAACGGAGAUCUCCCCGACCUCUCUCAGCAGCAACCCUUUGCGACGCCGCAGUAAGCUCUUCAGCAGCAAACUUGUUGACUCAGCCUUGGCUGUCUCCUUCGACCAACAUGUCCUUGGGGGGUAUAGAUUCCUCAUGCGACAUUACCGCGCCGGAUCCCAGAUCUAUAUUUUCGGGUUUUCCCGAGGAGCAUACACGGCUCGCUUUUUGAACGAGAUGCUGGACCACGCUGGGCUGCUGUCCGCCGAUAACGAAGAGAUGAUUCCCUUCAUCUGGGAGGCAUUUUCGUCCUACAAAUUGACGGUCGGAGCUACAAACUUACUCGAAAGGAAGGAAACUGAGAAAGCAUUGAACUUCCUGAAGGCCUGCAGAGAAACAGUUUGUCGCGAAGUAGACCGGGUUCACUUCCUAGGUUUAUUCGAUACUGUCAACAGCACAGCCGAAUUCCAGGUCAACGCGGAGGUGAAGCCGAAUUCUGAAAUAAUCAGACAUGCAUUGAGUAUCGACGAACGCAGGGUCAAGUUCUACCCGGUCCUAAUAGAGCCCAAAAAGGAGUACCAAUUCAAGCCCCAUCGGCGCCUAUGGCCAUGGGGUUAUAGAGGCUCAAGAACUUGUGGCGGAGACAGCGAUUCAGGUAAGCAAGAUAUUCAGGAAGUGUGGUUCCCCGGUUGCCAUGCAGACGUUGGUGGAGGUUGGGACUUCGCUAAAGACGAAGAUUGGAGACUGUCGCAUGGGCCACUUGUUUGGAUGGUGUAUGAGGCUCAGCAGGCCGGGCUUCAUUUCGAUAAAGAAAAGCUCGAUAAGCUCAUGAACAGCGAGAGGCAAGGGAAAGCAGGUUCCGUGACUGGAGAUAGCGAAAAACUAGCUCGGGACAGUCCAGGGGAUCUUGUCAAGUCCCUUCACCUUUCGAGCACAAAAGGCGUACUGCAUGAUAAUCUUCAACCGGGCGAGGGCAUUUCAAGCAAAUCAACUCGCUUUUGGUUUAUAAUGGAGCAUAUACCGUUUCGGCGCAUGGUGCUACAGCUCGAUGGCUCGUGGAAAGCCACUCGGUGGCCACUACAUCGGGGAAGGAGCAGAGACGUUCCGAAAUAUGCGCAGAUCCACGUUUCUGCCAUUGAACGGAUGAAAGCUGACACAGCCUACCGACCAAUGAAUAUUAUUCUGGAGGGGCCAGCAGAUAGGAAGGGUAAAGUCUGUGCCCAAUUUGAGAUCGAGGAGUGGAAAGUCUGGUGUCAUAAAGGCGAUCGUGUGCGAGAGGUGUAUGUUCGGGGAAAGCCUAGUGUAUAA